AUGCUGGUUCAUUACAAUAAGACUUCUGAUAUCUUGUACUAUGAAGUUCUGGAUAUACCACUCCCAGAGUUGAAAAGGCUAAAGACCUUAAAAGUACUUUUUCGUCAUUCAACAAAAGAUGAAGUUUCUGUUCACAAUAUAAGAUUGCCAAAACAAAGUACUGCUGGAGAUGUCAUUAAUGACCUCAAGACAAAGGUGGGGUUAUCCAACGCUGAUGCAGAGAUUCGACUGCUUGAGGUUUUCUACUACAAAAUUUACAAGAUUUUUCCACUUGAUGAAAAGGUUGAGAAUAUAAAUGAUUUUUGUUGGACUUUGCGAGCGGAGGAGAUUCCAGAAGAGGAGAAGAAUCUGGGUCCUAAUGACCGUUUAAUCCAUGUUUAUCAUUUCAAGAAAGAUGCAUCCCGGAAUGACAUGGUCAAAAAUUUUGGAGAGCCUUUCUUUCUGCUUAUCCACGAAGGUGAGAUUCUAGCAGAGGUUAAACAACGUAUCCAGAAGAAGCUGCAGGUGUCUGAUGAUGAAUUUGCCAAGUGGAAGUUUGCAUUCCUCUCCCAGGGAGAGCCUGAUUAUCUUCAAGUUACAGAUAUUGUUUCAAGUCGCUUUCAGGUAAAAUAUGUUUGUGCCUAUGGAGCUUGGGAGCAAUAUCUUGGGUUGGAGCAUUCGGGCAAUGCACCAGAAAGAUACCCUCGGAACUUUUAA